AUGGGUAAACUUCACUCGAAACAUGCUGCGAUUUGUAAACCGAGGGAAAGUCCGGAGGGUGACAGUUUUGUAGUUAAUGCCUGUUUGGCAAGGAAAGGAAUUGACGAUUGGCUGGUGAAACAGAAAUACUAUUGCACGGGCUCGCGGCUUGAGCAACAGGACUGUCACCACACGAAUAAGUGCGGCUUGUCUACUCGGGAUGUGUUGGACAAGGCGUGUGCAGAGGGGAUCAGUGAUGAACAUUACCGUUUAGAAGUGGCUCUGCCCCCGGAGAAGACGGUGGACAGUUGCUGUGUGGAGGAGAAGAUGCAGGGGAGAGCGAGCCAGGCGCCCACAGGCACACAGAAACAGCUCCAGUUUGAAGAGCUUGAGUGUGCCGUCUCUGUAGAGGAAGACAACAGACAGGAGUGGACGUUCACGCUGUAUGAUUUUGACAACAAUGGCAAGGUCACCAGAGAGGACAUCACCAGCCUGCUCCACACCAUCUAUGAGGUGGUCGACACGUCGGUCAACCAUUCCCCCAGCAGCAGCAAGACACUGCGGGUCAAGCUCUCCGUGGCCCCCGACUCCAGCCAGCGCUGGCGGAGCUGCACUCAGGGCCCCGCAGAUAUGCCCCACCCCAGAACCAAGACUGACAAGUGCAUUGAAGACCUUAAAAGUGCAGAGAAGAAGUCUCGAGCCCUCCUCAGGCGCCAUCACAGUGACCACCACACUAUCCAGCACCAGGUUCUGACCCAGCAGGGUCAGAGUCGGGGCUGCCAGCGCCACUGUGUGGAUGAGAACCUGGAGCGCAGGAACCACUACCUAGACCUGGCCGGCAUCGAGAAUUACACAUCCCGCUUUGGAGCAGCCCCCACCACAGAGCCUGUGAAAGCAGAGCCACAGACCCGACCAUCGAACCAGACCAGGUCUCGCUCUCAUGAACCAGAGAACGGCCACACCUACUCCCACCACCAUCGAUCACAGGUGGCCAUGGAGAGCAGCACCGCCCCAGGCCCUGACACCCUUUGUCCCCCACGACCGAGUAAAGACUCAGGUAAACACGCCCUGCGCUCCCCCAAGACCCACAGCCGGACGCACCCCACACAGACCACCACGGGCAGGGUGAUGAGGAGCAGAGGGGCCCCACCUCCCCCGGCCCUACCCAGCCAAGCACCCCCUCACCAGUCCUCAGCCCCCUACCGCAGGCACAAGCAGAGGGCCAAGGAGGGCCAACAGCAGUACCGGGCCCUGGGGGCUCCAGUGGGGUCUGUGGUGGAGAAGGAGCAGGUGAGGGUCCUACCCAGUGUGCUCCUCUAUGAAGGAGGGCUGGCCCAGAUGGUUCAGAGGCACGAGCAUCAUCACCACCAUGAACACCACCACCACUACCACCACUUCUACCAGUCCUGAGUCAGCCAGCCAGCCAGCUCCCUGCCCUGCUGCCCCCGGCCCCAGAGCACCUUCUCACAGCCCCACCUCAACCUGGCUCCACUGCCAGGCCAGUAGACUCUACAGACAGACAGGCCCCUCCCACACAGCACAGCAACAGCACAGCCAGAACUUUGUCACUGUCAGGGGGAGUUGGGUCUUGCAUGGCCCCGUGGACUAAGAGGACAGGACAUCAAGAGGAGUUGGACAGACAAGGGGAGGUGCAGGGUGAAGAGGGUUAUAAUGGGGUUGUCCAGGCAUGAAGAGUCCCUGUGAGGCAGCGGGACAGUGUCUUGGUCUUCAGGCGUGCCAGGAACCAGGAGCAGGACACGAUAGAGGGAUGUAACAGGGGAGCCUGAGAUGAACAGAAGGAGAAAAGAGACUUGGCUGUAAUCCUUCAGAGGACUCCUCUCAUCCCUCUCUGUCUGUCUGGUUCUCUGAAACCCUUUACUCUGAUG